UUCUAUCGCUUUCCAAGGAGUAUCCAAACUCUUCUCUGGAGUAUAUGCCUCUGUUCUUCUAGUUCCUCAGUGACCACUCACAGCCAAGCACAUGGAACUAGAACUGCCACUCUCUCUGGUUCAAACCCAGUUGCCAACUUAGCAUUAUCAAUACCUCCAAUGUCUCUAAUGGCUGUUUUUACAUCCGGGUCUUCCCUACUCCCAUGUUUUCUAAAACCCAAAUCUUCAAACCCACAAGUUAUUAGGCACACCUCCAGCUGUUUCAGCGUCAGACAGAGACUGCUGGUCAAUGGGAAACAAUGCAGGCUAGUUUCACAGCUCUUUAGACCCCAAACGUUCAGGAUUAGAAGCUUAUCAAAGGAUGAUACAGAAAAUGAGGAGGCUGCAAUGUCGGAUGACACUCUGAAUGGGCAAGAUGGGAUUAAUGAUGACUUGCUUGGAAGUGCUAAAAUUACUCAGACUGGUACAGAAAGUUCAUUUCUGGCUAAAAUAGCAAUUGCACUUGGCAUAGCUGCAACAGUUACAUUGAUAUCUAUCUGCAUCAAGCGUCCCACUCUUGGGUCAUCGAAUGGGAUUCAGUUCUUGCCAGAAAGCUCAUCCUCUUCGGCAAUGGCAGCAGCCCCCGCUGGUUUCAGUUUCAAAGUUUUUGGCUACAGCAUUGUUCUUCCAGAAUAUGCACCGGGGUGGAUCUACUUUUGGUUGCUUAUGGCUGCAGGAUUUGGGCUUUUUAUCAGUGAAGAGGCUCUAAAUAUAUGGGUUGGCAUAUCUUUGGCCCGGAGGCUAUCUUUGGAUGGGACCUGGCAAUCAUUUGCUGAGUCUUUCUCUAGAAAUGCUCCAUACAUUAUAUCUACAACACUUUGGGUGUAUUGGGGAGUUUGCAUUAGCGAUCUAAUACCUUUUUAUCUGGGGAAGCUUUUCAGACAAUCCAGGGCAUCAGAUGAUGUUCUUUCAAAGUUAGGGAUUGGCAAAGAGAAAGCUUUAAGUAUAACCCAGGCUGUGCAAAAGUAUGGAAAUCUCAUUGGUUUUGUUGAACGUUUUUCCCUUGGAGUGAGAAAUCCAACAGCCUUUCUAGCAGGAACCUUGGGUAUAUCUCCAGAGUGUUUCUUUGCUGGAGUCUGCUUCGGUGGAUUGAUCACCCUUCCUAUCCAGCUCGGGAUAGGUUUCUUCUUUAGGGAGCGGCCUGUCUUUGCCCUGGCUACCGUUGCAACAGUUGUGGGCAUUUGGACUAUUUUCCCUUAUGCAGUGGCUGCAUCAACAGCAUUGUUCCUUUACCUUCGACAGCGUUACUCUACAUCGUCAGAAUAGGACCCAGAAAUAGAGGAGAAAAAUAUUCAUAUUUGUAGCAGGAAUAUAUGAAUUUAGCCAUGGAGUGUCGAUGAUGCAAGUGUCCAACAGCAUUGAGAUAGGUAAGUCAUUCGAUUGUUCAUGUCUCUGAAAACUUGCCUGAUCUAUGCUCUUUGCCCGGCAUGUUCUGAUCUUGAUUGUCCUUAUAUUUGGGUUUAAUUCAAUAUGAGUUGCACGUUAUACAUGCAUAGAUUUAGUAAAUACUUGAAUGAGAUGUCAACAGGAUAUCAAAUUUGAUCUGAAAAAAAAUCAAAGAAUUCAGAAGAAUUUCUACAA